AUGACAGGAGGAGAAGGCGAUACACACGACCAUGGACCCCCAAGAAAUACUACACCAACCAGGACUACCCAAAUCAUCAAUCAGAGUACACCUUAUCCACAGCUAGCAAUAUGGAGCACGAGGUUAUCCUCCGCUGGUGUGAACAGCUUCUCGGGUGCAGUGGCAGGAGUGGCCAGUGGUAUAGUAACCUGUCCGCUUGAUGUCAUCAAGACGAAGCUACAGGCCGGUAGGAACGCCUACAGUCACCCGGGACAAGCGGAUCCGAAGACUGGCCAAACGUACCGUGGUAUGCGAGGUACGGCGGCAACGAUCAUAAAACAAGACGGCGUGCUUGGUUUGUACCGAGGGCUAGGUCCAAUGCUCUUAGGCUAUCUGCCAACGUGGGCUGUGUACAUGGCGGUCUACGACAGCAGUCGCGAGUAUUUCUACAAAAACGGCUAUGGCGAGCACAAUACCGACAAAUGGCUAGCCCGAGUCUAUGCCUCAGUCACAGCUGGCGCCUGCAGCACUCUCGCCACCAAUCCCAUCUGGGUCAUCAAGACCCGCCUGAUGUCUCAAGUCUCUACCAUAGGCACCGACGGCGCCCGCUCGAACUCCUGGAACUACAACAGCACUCUUGACGCCGCCCGCAAAAUGUACCGAGCUGAAGGUCUGCGGGCAUUCUAUUCCGGCUUGACACCAGCCAUGCUCGGCCUCACACACGUCGCGAUCCAAUUUCCAUUGUACGAGUACUUCAAGCAACAAUUCACCGGUCUCGAAAUGGGCGAGAGCCCCGCUGCAGCGGGAAGCGAAGGCCGCAAUACCGUGGGCAUCCUAGCUGCGACCUUCCUCUCCAAAGUCUGCGCCACAACAGCAACAUACCCGCACGAAGUCAUACGCACUCGUCUGCAAACCCAGCGCCGUAAUCUGCACCCUGAGAGUACUGGCUCCCACUCGUUAUCCAAUGCGCACCAUCACGCCCAAUCGCUCCCCAAGACUGGAAAGCUAGUCGGUAGUACGGACGGCAUGGCAUAUCAACCACAGUAUAAAGGCGUUAUCACAACCUGUAAGACUAUUUUGAAGGAGGAGGGCGGCAAGGCAUUCUACUCGGGCUUGGGCACGAAUUUGAUCAGGGCGGUUCCGGCGGCUAUGACUACUAUGCUUACUUUUGAGAGCAUCAAGGGGGCUAUCGGGAGGCUUCAGGAGACUGGGCAAGAGAUGGAGAGGGAUGGGCUGCGAUGA